GCCUGGUGCCUCGGCGCCCACAAUUCAGCCUGAUGUCUCUACCCAGCCUGAUGUCUCUACCCAGCCUGAUGUCCUUACACAGCAUGAUGUCUCUACCCAGCCUGAUGAACUUAUCCAGCCUGAUGAUCCUACCCGCAGUCUUGCCAGACGACUCGAUGCCCGUUGUUCCGCCAGUUGACUUGGUGCCCGCAGUCUUGCCAGACGACUCGGUGCCCGCAGUCUUGCCAGACGACUCGGUGCCCGCAGUCUUGCCAGACGACUCGAUGCCCGCUGUUCCGCCAGUUGACUCGGUGCCCGCAGUCUUGCCAGACGACUCGGUGCCCGCAGUCUUGCCAGACGACUCGAUGCCCACUGUUCCGCCAGUUGACUCGGAGCCCCCGGUCUUGCCAGGCGACUCGAUGCCCGCAGUCAUGCCUGAUGACUCGAUACCCGCUGUCGAGCCAGACGAUCCAAUGCCUGAUGACCCAGCGUCCGCUGUCAUACCUGGUGACCCGAUGCCCGCUGUCGUGCCUGACAAUCCAAUGUCUGAUGACCCAGUGCCCGCUGUUGUACCUGGUGACCCGAUGCCCGCUGUCGAGCCAGAUGGCCCUGUGCCCCGCCGCUCCAUCUGGGGGCCCGGUGCCUGCCGCUCUGCCUGGGGGCCUGGUGCCCACCAUUCCGCCUGGGGGCCCGGUGUCCGCCGCUCUGCCUGGGGGCCCGGUGCCUGCCGCCCUGCCUGGUUGCCCGGUGCCUGCCGCCCUGCCCUGGUUGCCCGGUGCCUGCCGCUCCACCUGGGGGCCCGGUGCCUGCCGCUCCACCUGGGGGCCCGGUGCCCGCCGCUCCAUCUGGGGGCCCGGUGCCCGCCGCCCUGCCUGGGGGCCCGGUGCCCGCCGCCC